AGAAUAAUGGUAAAUGAGUUUUUUUCCAUAGACAACCCAUUCUAUCAUUGCAUUAUCCAAGACAUCUUUCACUUCUCUCUCACAUAGACUGCAACCAGAACAUUGUCUUCCAAGAUCGGAGAAUCCCAGUUGAAUUUAAUGUAUAUAAAGACAGACAUUGGUCUUCCCUGCUACCAUUGUGUUUUCACCAGUUCAGCUCUUUCAUUUGAAUUUGUUACCUAAGUUGCUCUGCAGAGGCAAAGCCAUGGAAAAGUUUGAGGUUGUUGAUUCGAAGGUGGAAGCAGAGAUUCAGUUGGUUGAUGAAAAUAAAGUGGAUUGGAAAGGAAGAACUGCUCUCAAGUUCAAAUAUGGGGGGAUGAAAGCUUCUUUGCUCAUACUAGCCUUCCUUGGUUUGGAGAACAUGGGAACUUUCUCCCUAGCUGUGAACUCGGUACCAUAUUUCAAUGGGGUCAUGCAUUAUGAUCUAGCAGAUGCAGCUAACAUGCUCACCAACUACAUGGGUACCAGUUACAUACUCUCUAUUUUUGUUGCUGUCCUUGCUGACACAUGGAUUGGCAGGUACAAAUCGGUUAUCUAUUCUGGCUUCAUUGAGUUUGUGGGACUUGCAUUGCUGACAGUCCAAGCACGCUAUUCUAGCCUGAAGCCAGCCAUCUGCAAUAUCAAUGAUCCAACUGAUCACUGUGAAACACUGAGUGGAAGCCAUGAAGCUUUUCUCUUCAUUGGCCUGUACUUAGUGGCCUUAGGCAGUGCAGGAACCAAAGCUGCAUUGCCAUCACACGGUGCAGAUCAGUUUGAUGAAAAUGACCCAAAAGAAGCGAUGCAAAUGUCCACAUUCUUCAACACUCUCUUACUUGCUAUUUGCCUAGGUGGUUCUGUCAGCUUAACCUUCAUUGUGUGGAUCCAAAUCAACAAAGGAUGGGAUUGGGGCUUUGGAAUUGGCACCAUAGCUAUACUUUUGGGCAUCAUAAUCUUUGCAGCUGGAUUGCCUUUAUACAGAAUUCGUCUACCUCAAGGGUCAAAUGCUUUCACUGAGAUCAUACAGGUAUUUGUUGCUGCACUGCGCAACAGAAGUCUUACCUUGCCUGAGGAUCCAACAGAACUAUACGAGAUUGGACAGGACAAGGAAGCUGAUGUGGAGAUAGAGUUUCUACCUCAUAGAGACAUUUUCAGGUUCUUGGACAGAGCAGCCAUCCAAGAAAAUUUUGAUGAGCAAUCUAACUCUAACUCAGAGGCUCCAAACCCAUGGAAACUUUGCAGGGUUACCCAAGUAGAAAAUGCCAAAAUCAUACUUGGCAUGGUCCCAAUAUUCUGCUGCACAAUUAUAAUGACCCUUUGCCUAGCUCAGCUCCAAACCUUUUCAAUCAUACAAGGCUACACAAUGGACACCAGCUUCACCAAACAUUUUCACAUCCCACCAGCAUCCCUCCCAAUCAUCCCAGUCAUGUUCUUAGUCAUAAUUGUCCCUAUCUAUGACCGCAUUUUCGUGCCUCUUUUGCGUAAAUUCACCGGUAUUCCUACCGGAAUUUCCCACUUGCAGCGCAUAGGAGUUGGCCUAAUACUCUCCUCCAUAUCCAUGGCUGUGGCUGCAAUCAUAGAGGUGAAAAGGAAAAGAGUGGCCAUUGAAAACAACAUGCUUGAUGCUUUUCCAGUGAUUCAGCCAUUGCCCAUAAGCACUUUCUGGCUUUCUUUCCAGUACUUCAUAUUUGGCAUAGCUGACAUGUUUACCUAUGUGGGGCUGCUUCAGUUUUUCUACUCAGAGUCACCAAAAGGGCUUAAAUCCACAUCAACCUGCUUCCUUUGGACCUCUAUGGCACUGGGGUAUUUUCUAAGUACCAUCAUAGUGAAGUGUGUGAAUGGUGCCACCAAGCAUACUAAAAGUGGGGGCUGGUUAGCAGGGAACAAUAUUAACAGAAACCAUGUUAACCUGUUCUACUUUUUCCUUUCCAUAGUGAGCUUGAUCAACUUCUGUAUCUAUUUGAUUCUUUCAAAGAGGUACAAGUACAGGCCUCAAGCCCUUACAGUCCCUAAUGACAAAUCAACAAAGGAGUGAAAAUGGGGAAGAAAAAAAGGCUAUAGACCACAUGAUUACCUUUCACAUUUUGAAUCUUCUGUCUUAUCUUAUUUUGUAACUCAAUUUUCAGUUUUAUCAAUGAAAUCUUAUGAUAUCAAUUAUAAAUU